CUGCAGUUACAGCCGAUACUACCAGCGAAAACAGCAUACGGUCAACGAACCACAGGAAAUAUUCGAAUACUAACUAAUUUGUAUGGUAUUAUUCCAACGAAGAAUACCCCGUUUUACAGAUAUGAUUUUCGAGUGUUAGAAGAAUAUCCUCCAAAACAAAAAGGCGGUGAACCUGUACUAAAGCAAGUGACGAAGCAGACUAAAGAAGACUAUACAUCGAUUGAGAGGAAAAAUAAAUGUGUUGCUGUUUACAUCAGGCUUCUAGAUCAACAAUACGAAUUUUUUGGUGAAAUAAGCUCGUUUGUUUAUGAUCGAGCGUCAAUUCUCUACUCGUUAGACAAACUCAAAAUAGCGGAUGGCGAGACAAAAUCAUUUAUUGUUGAUCCUAACGAUUUACCAAGCGACAUGUUUCCCGAAAAUUGCACUAGAAUUCUUGUCUAUGUUAAGCAGUGUAGUCAGGACUUCCAGUUGACAUCCACGAAUCUUCAGUCAGGAUACAAUUUAAAUCCUAAUCUUGUCAACCAGAGUUUACUGCAGUUUUAUGAGCUUCUUUUAUCGCAGGAAGCGUUCUUUACUGAUGGUCGUUUUGUUUCUUACGGUUCUGGAGAAAGCUACCUUUACAACCCAUCAGAAUUUGGAUUUGAAGAUGAUGAGGUGCCGCUUCUUCCUGACGGCAAAUAUAUCGGAGUCGGUGCUUCAAAGGUAGUAAAAGUCUUGGAAGGGCCGCAUAGAAACCCAAUAAUGUCAGUCAAUGUAGACGUUAAAAAAGCAGCCUUUCAUAUCGAGUUACAGUGUGUUGCCGAGAAGGUAGCUGAUAUUUGUGGUUGUCGAGUUGGCGCGCGCAUUGAUAGUCAUCAAAUAAAGCUACUGUCAAGAAUGUUACGAGGUCUCUACGUUCGGUGCAACUAUGGGCAAUAUAAAGUAUUCUGCAUCUCUGAAUUUGCAGAACAGUCGGCUGAUACUAUGAGGAUCAAAAGAGGCGGGCAAAUGAUCAGUCUGGUGCAGUAUUUCCAAGAGAAAUACGAUGUAAAUUUGAGAUUUGUAAAACUCCCGCUUGCUGUCGAAAAGACUUCAAAGGGGAUAAGUCAUUACCCCAUAGAACUGCUUUUCAUCUGUGAGAACCAGCGCGUAACAUUGCCGCAAGAAUCGUCAAAACAAGUUGAGGAGACAGUCAAGGCUUCUGCUACUCUUCCAAGAGCAAGAAUACAACAAACUUUGAACAUGAUGAGAGCAUUAAAGCUUGAUAAUGGUGGGAGAGGAAACAGGUGGUGUAGAGAAUUCCAGCUUCAAUUAUCAGAAAAGAGUCUGGAAGUAGAAGCCAGGGUAUUACACAAGCCCACAGUGUUUUAUGGGAAUAACGGCGAUGUAGUGAUGAAGGAUUCGGGAAGUUGGUCAAUAGCAGAGAAUACAAUUUACAUUAUUCCGUCGUCUUGUAAAAGAUGGAUGCCAGUUGCGUUAGUCAGCGCUACUGAUAGAUUCACCAAAAAAGACUUGGAACAAUACGUUAAAUGGUUCUUAAAACGCUGCCACAGCAGAGGAAUAUCGAUCGCAUAUCCGGAAGAAGUAAGUUACUUCCCAAGAGCUAGAGAACCCGAUGUAGAAACUGCUUUUAAAAUUGGACAAAGGGAAGCAGUAAAAUUCAUCCACUUCGUGACCUCAGAAACCUUGAGAUUUCACGAAAGGAUUAAGUUUUUCGAAAGUCAGUAUCAGAUACUGACACAGGAUGUUCUGACAAAAACGGCAGCGCUCGUUCACAGGAGGUCACAAACGCUAGAUAAUAUUGUCCAUAAAACUAACCUGAAACUAGGAGGCCUGAAUUUUGACCUUCGUCUUGAAUCACAAGAGUACGUUUCUUGUUGUACCUCUUUGUAUGUUGUCCCUUCAACCAACGUAGAUUCAUUUAGAGCACAGAAGUGGAUUAGCCGAAGGGAUCGGUUGAUAAUUGGCAUAGAUCUCACAACUACUAACACGACUGCAAAAAAUGACCCAUCUCAGAACUUGUCUGUGUAUGGGUUGUGCUUGGGAGAAACAGCCAUUCGUGAUCUUGCUGUUGAAUCGCUAAAGCUUGCCAAAAAGUAUAGAGGGGUUCCACGGCAUUUGGUAAUAGUGAGAGAUGGCAUAUCUGAAGGGCAAUACAAAUAUGUUCUUGAGAAAGAGGUGCAGCAAGUAAAGGAUGCAUGCAUUACAGCAGGAGGCAGAAACUACAGACCUCACAUUACUUUUGUCGUGGUGACAAAGAGACAUCAUCUUCGUCUCUACCGCAGUCAAAUUGAUUUUCGGGGUCGCGCUUCAGAGCAGAACAUCCCACCAGGGACAGUUGUAGAUCACUCAAUUGUGAGCCCAAUCUACAAUGAAUUUUAUUUGAAUUCCUACGUCCCAUUACAGGGCACGACAAAAGCGUCGAAAUACAAUGUCCUUUUUGACACAUCUAACAUAUCACCAGACGAGGUGCAGGGAAUGAUGUAUGCACUAACGUUCAACUUGCAAACUACGAAUCAGCCGUGUUCGGUUCCAGCUCCUGUUAUGAUGGCUAACCAAAUGGCAGCUAGGGGUCGCAGCAACUUCACAAUUUUCUUCGGUCAAGCUCCAGAAGAUUGUGAAGAACUAGACCUGGAUCGCAUCAAUCUUCAACUCGGAUACAUGGGAAAGGAAUUAGCUGAAUGCAGGUUUAACGCUUAA